AUGCUCGGCCGUUUGUGUAUGGGCACCCAAGAAGCGCUGGAGGCGUACGACAAUUUCGCGAGCGAGAUCUUCUCCAAGAGGCGGAGGAGCCUCACGGAGAAGUACAAGGCGAAGGCUCUCGAAGAGACCGUGAAGAAGCUCGUCCGCGCCCAGGAGAAAGGCAGUGUCAUGCGGAGCCGGCGCCCAGGCCAAGAAAAGGGCCAUGCCUUCGUCUGCACCAUGCCCGCUCAACGACACAAGGAGAUGGUCUGCCUAAGGACUUAUGAUGUCGAAGGGGACAAGUAUCCAAACUGUCUCAUAUACGAAGCGGCCCGGGCGACCACAGCAGCGACCACGUACUUCAAACCCAUGACCAUCAAGGACGAGGAGGGCAAGGAGGAGAAGCUCGUGGAUGCCGCCCUGGGGACUAACAAUCCAAUUUCGAUACUGUGGGACGAGGCUGUCAAUCUGUUCGGCAGAAAACGCAGGCUCGGCUGCGUGGUCAGCCUUGGCACGGGGUCUCGCAAAGUCGAAAUGGCGCCCGGGGGAGAAAAGUUGAAGGAGAAGGCCAAGUUCCUCAUCAGCGCAAUCAAGUUGAUGAAAGAGAUCGGCACGGACUCGGAGAAGGACCAUCAGAGAUGGCAGGUCAAGUUUGAGGAAUUCGAAAACACUUACUUCCGUCUGAAUGUUGACGGAGGUGCUCAAGGCAUCGAGCUCUCGGACUGGCAGAAGAUAGGACAGCUGAAAGCAAGGACGCGGGACUAUUUACAAAAUCCCAGCGUGAAGAAGACGAUUGAUGACCUGGCUGAGGUGCUAGUGGAGAACAAAAGCUCAGGCUUGAACCUUGCUCACGGCAGCAGUCUGAGCAAAGAGACCACCAUACCAGCAGAGCCGAGAGCUAUUCGCAGGGGUAAAUCUAGCAACAUAUUCACAGGCCGAGAAGCAAUUCUGAAUAGGCUCGACAAACACUUUGGGCCUCGUAAGCCUGGUGAUACGUCUAGGCGAGAAUUCCACCUCCGUGGCAUGGGCGGCGUAGGUAAGACCCAGAUCGCCUUGAAGUUCACGGAAAGAAACGAAAAGAGAUUCCAUAUUUUAUGGGUGGAUGCGACCGACGCCGUCACUACGGAGCAAAGCUACAAGCAGAUAGCCACGAUCAUAUUCGGUUCAGAGGAGAAAAAGGACCCGGUGCAGGAAGUCCUUCUCUGGCUGCAGAAAAGAGAAGAACAGUGGUUGCUGGUGUUCGAUAACGCCCCACCCUCGAGUCUCGCCAAGUAUUUGCCCGACGGAGAUCAUGGUAACAUCCUCUACACGAGCAGACAGCAUAAUUUGCAGCCACGCCUACGGCCAGAUUGCGUGGCGAGCAUCGAUACCAUGGAUGCUCCCGAAGGCAUACUGCUACUCCUCAGAUCCGCACAGAAAGCCACCGACGUAGCCGAAAACCGGGAAUUGGCAAGGUCCAUCGUCAAUGCGUUGGGAUUGUUGCCUUUGGCUAUCGAUCAAGCUGGGGCCUAUAUACACAUGGCUCCAUGUCCGCUGAAUGAGUACCUGGCAGUCUUCAACGAACAGAAGGAAGUGCUGCUCCGCAGCCCGCGUUUCAAGGGAGGCGAUGAGCAACGACAUAUUGCUGUCUAUGCCACGUUCAACAUCUCUUACAGAGCCAUCAAGGCCUUCGCCGACAAGAAAGAGGACAUGGCUAGGGUCAAGGACGCCUCGAAUGCGCUCAAGCUCCUCAGCUUGAUUUCUUUCUAUCACAAUGAGGGUGUUAUGGGUAUCGUUUUCGAACGGGCAGCUUUGAACCGUUGUGAACUCGGGAGGGCUGAAAAGUUUCCGCUCAAGGCUGGUGAAGUCGACCUUGAGAGUCUUAUCGGGACUUGUGAAACGGAAAUCACACCGGAGCAUCCAGACGGAAGAGACUGGCUAUGCGCCGACGUCGUCGGAGGCCUCGGCUUCCUCAACGAGUUCUCGCUCAUCAAAUUUGACAUCUCAAUCGACUACGUCAAUAUGCAUGUCCUUGUGCACGAAUGGGCCAGGAGCCGAAUGGACGGGGACGAGCGAUCCAACUGGGGUGUUGCGGCCAAAAGCCUGGUCAUGGACUCAAUCAAGCUCGAAAAUGGUGUCCAGGGCACUCGAUACCGCCGCGAUAUACUGCCUAACAUGGAAGCCUGCCUGAAGCACAGUUCCAACUUGGAUGCCGCCGAGGCGAUGAUGUUGAAGGCAUUGGAGUACAGGAAGGCGUAUUUUGGCCCUCUUCAUAGUGGCCCGUUCUCAGCUAUGUCAAAGCUCGCACGUUUGUACAAGACACAGGGGAAAUACGACAAGGCAGAGGAGAUGCUCUUGGAAGUCAUCGACAGGCGUACACUUUAUCUGAAAGAGCGCAAAUGGCAGGCUUUUAAGGAAGCAAACGUGACCACUGCGGACGAAAAGGUGCGUCAGAAGACUGUGCUUGACGAAUAUAAUCCUUUUGACGAUCGGAAUCUCCGAAAAGAUAAAAUGGUAUUAGCCGAGGUGCUGGCCAAAAAGGACAUCAUGUCAGCAGCAGCGGAUAUUUACGAGGAGUUUAUGAGGUGGAGCGAGACAGAGCAUGGGAUGGAUAGCGCAGAGGCACGCCGCUGGCGACAGCGGGCCAGCCAGGCUCGAGACACCAGCUUUGACCGACAGGUCGACGAAAGUCAGUCCAUGACCAUCCAAGAGGCACAAGAAAAGCUCGAGAGCACGGUGGCUGAGCUAGGGCCUGUCCACCAUUCAACGACCCACGCGAAAGAGCAACUGGCCAAAGUGCUCACAAGACAAGGCGCAUUCCGGGAGGCGUCGACGCUGCUAUGGGAGGUGUGUGAUUGGAACAAGAGUCUCUACGGUGAGUACUCGUUGGGACACAUGGACGCGACGUCUGCCCUGGCCAAGUUGUACCUGAAGCAGAAUCGGCUGUAUGAUUCUGGGGACCUAUAUGCCGUAACGAUGACCAAAUACGACGAUUUGCUUGGGUUCUUUCACCCCAAGACUCUCGACAGUGUGUGGCAUCUGGCAUUAAUCUCGGCCGCCAAGGCCGAGUACGAAAAGGCAGUCACGUUCGUCGAAGUUUGCCUGAAUGGCUACAAGCACGCGUUGGGCACCGAACAUAGGAAGUCACAGAUCUGCGCCCACCUCCUGGUCCAGUAUCGGUACUACCUGAGGACAAUUCCCGACUACGUCAGGACCAGAAUCAGCAAUAAGGCGAUCCAGGCAAACAAAGAUGCGUAUGCUUUGGGAGAGUCCGCCCCACAGUGGAUGCGGGAAUGGCAACCUGUUUCCGAUGAGGCCAUGAUUCGGGAGCGUCUGGACCGUGGGGAAAUAGUCUACGGGUAUGAAAUGAAGGAAGUUGAUGUCGAUGGCUUGCCCUUCUAUCGGCUGAACCCGGUCAAAGAGUAUACCGGGCAGGAGACCGCGGUGAACAUAUUGCAAUGGCAAUAA